CUUCUUGUUAGUUCUGGUUUCAGCAGUAAACCAUGGGCAAAGGGUUCUUCAUCAGCAAGGCCAUCGGGGUGGUGGGCAUAGUGCUGGGCGCGGGCGCCGUGGCCACCAUCAUUGCCCUGUCAGUGGUCUACAGCCAGGAGAAGGCCAAGAACGUAGAGGUGAGUCCCACCGGGAACCCAACCACCACCACCACCACGGGGGUGCCGGCCACCACCCCACCGUCCAACGAGCCAUGGCACAAGUACCGGCUGCCGGACUCCCUGCUGCCCGUCAGCUACGAGGUCUCCCUGUGGCCGCGUCUGGUCAAGAACGCUGAGGGUCUGUACAUCUUCACCGGCUCCUCCGACGUCACCUUCAGGUGCGUGAAGGAGACAGACCUCAUCCUCAUCCACUCGAACAAGCUCAACCUCACCAGUGACGGUGGCUAUCUGGCCACACUUUCCGUCCUUGACGGCUCGAAGCCUCCAGCCAUCUCAGAGUCCUGGCUCGAGGUGCGGACUCAGUACCUGGUGGUCAAGUUGAAGGAGAAUCUGAAGGCUGGCCAGAGCUAUGUGCUGCGCACUGUGUUUACUGGGGAGCUGGCUGAUGACCUGGGUGGCUUCUACAGGAGUGUGUAUAUAGAGGAUGGCGUGGAGAAAGUGGUGGCUACGACUCAGAUGCAGCCCACCGACGCAAGGAAAGCGUUCCCCUGCUUUGAUGAGCCUGCCAUGAAAGCCAUCUUCCACAUCACUGUCACCCACCCACGGGGCACAGUAGCCUUAUCCAAUGGGAAGGACAUCGAGACUGUGAACACGACCGAGGGUACCGUGGAGGUUACCAGGACCAAAUUUGCCCCAACACCAAAAAUGUCAACUUAUCUGCUGGCAUUCAUUGUCAGUGACUAUAUUUCCAUUGAUAAGAUGGAGGGAGACGUUUCGAUUCGUAUCUUUGCGCGCAGAAAGGCCAUUGAAGCAGGCCAGGGAGAGUAUGCUCUUAAUGUGACUGGACCCAUUCUGAGAUUCUUUGAGACGUAUUACAAUGCUUCCUACCCACUGCCAAAGUCAGACCAGAUAGCCCUGCCAGACUUUAACGCCGGAGCCAUGGAGAACUGGGGCCUGAUCACUUACAGGGAGACAGCCUUGCUGUAUGACCCAGACGUAUCCUCCAAUGGCAACAAGGAGAGGAUCGCCACCAUCAUAGCACACGAGCUUGCUCACAUGUGGUUUGGAAACCUUGUGACACUGAAGUGGUGGAAUGACCUGUGGUUAAACGAAGGCUUUGCAUCCUAUGUGGAGUAUCUUGGUGCAGACGAUGCUGAACCAGAAUGGGGCAUUAAAGACCUGAUCGUCCUGGGCGACAUACACAGAGUUUUUGCAGUGGACGCGCUGGCCUCCUCUCAUCCCCUAUCCUCCAAAGAGGAUGAAAUCCAGAGGCCUGAGCAGAUCAGUGAGCUCUUUGAUGCCAUCUCCUACAGCAAGGGGGCUUCUGUUCUAAGAAUGCUAUCCAACUUCCUUUCUGAGGAGGUCUUUGUGAUGGGACUCAGUACAUACCUCAACCAGUUUGCCUUCAAUAAUACUGUCUACACCGACCUGUGGGACCACUUGCAAAUGGCCGUCGAAAAGACUGGAACCAGUUUGCCAGCCAGAGUCCAUGACAUCAUGAACCGCUGGGUCCUCCAGAUGGGCUUCCCUGUGGUUUCCAUAGAUACUGCCACCGGAACUGUAACCCAGCAACACUUCCUGCUGGACCCUGACUCUGUAGUUAACAGGCCGUCUGAAUUUGAAUAUGUAUGGUUUGUGCCCAUUACUUGGCAGAAGAAUUCUGUUUCAGGUCAAGAUUUUUGGCUGCUUAAAAAAACAGACACAAAUAUGGACAUGAAGGUGACUGUUGAUCAGUGGUUGCUGGCCAACCUCAAUGUGUCAGGAUUCUACAGAGUUAAAUACGAUAUCGCAAACUAUAACAAGCUUCUCAAACAACUCACAACUGCUCAUGAAGUAAUUCCCGUGAUCAACAGGGCCCAACUUAUCGAUGAUGCUUUUAAUCUAGCAAGAGCGAAACACGUGCCAACAACACUAGCUCUGGAUAUGACCAGAUAUCUGAACAAAGAGAGGGAGUACAUGCCAUGGGAGUCUGCUCUGGACAACUUGGACUUCUUCUACCUGAUGUUCGAUCGCAGUGAGAUCUACGGACUCCUGCAGACGUAUAUCAGGAGACAAGUGGAGCCCCUCUUUGACUACUACAAGGCCGAGACUGCAGACUGGACCAAAGUACCAGAUCGGCACACUGAUCAGUACAACCAGGUGAACGCCCUGAGCAAAGCCUGUAGCACGGGAGUGCCAGCCUGUACUGAACUGAUCCAGGCAUGGUACAGUAGCUGGAUGGCCGACCCACAAAACAACCCGAUCCAUCCCAACCUACGGUCUGUAGUCUACUGCAGUGCCAUUGGCGCCGGUGGAGUGGUGGAGUGGGACUUUGGCUGGCGGAUGUUUAAGAACGCAUCCAUCGCCAUAGAGGCGGACAAACUCAGGGCAGCGCUGGCCUGUGCCUCACAACCCUGGCUCCUGAACAGGUACCUGGAGUACACCUUGAAUGCAAACUUGAUUCGGAAGCAGGAUGCCACCUCUACUAUUGUCUAUAUUGCAAGUAAUGUGGUGGGCCAGCCUCUGGCCUGGGACUUUAUGAGAGCAAACUGGGCGUAUAUUUUCAAUUCGUAUGGAGGUGGAUCUUUCUCUUUCUCAAAUCUAAUCAAUGGUGUGACCAAGAGAUUUUCUACAGAAUUUGAUCUGAAACAGCUCCAGCAGUUCAAGGUGGAUAAUGCAGGUGUGGGCUUUGGCUCAGGCACCCUGGCCGUUGAGCAGUCUAUUGAGAGAACACAGGCCAACAUCAAAUGGCUCAAGGACAACCGAGAUAAUGUGCAGAAUUGGCUGAAAGAGUUUUCUCCAUAAUUCUUUUAUUUUAUUUCUUUUUUUUAAGACUUAAGAUGGCCUCUCUCCCUCUAUUUAUUAUCUCAGAGUUUUUAUCUCGAAUCCUUCUUAGCAGUGCCUUUCCACAUUGGUAUUGACAUCUCAAAAAUUUAACUGAUUGUCUUUUUAAGUGUAUUUUUGACAAAUUUAUAUUAUUUGUAACAUUUGGCUUGUGGUCUGUAAUCUCUAAUAAAAUUAACUUGUUGAUGUUA